GUGUUGUAUAGAAAAUGUUGAAUGUGGCGCCAUCCUCAUUUCUUUAUCCUUCAAAUUCACCAAUUUCUUGUUGAAUUCGGGUCCAUUUUUCUAUUCUUUAAUCUUGAUUCUUGACAUACCCUCUUCAUAUUCAACAUUCAAAUCACUUCAUUUCUUCCAAAUCCCUUAAAAUACGUAAAGAUUCUGUAAAUAUACACACUAUAAACCACACAAUUAACUGAAAAUUCAGCCGAGCCAUCCGCCAGUGCAACUUUACUCCACUUCCUGGUUCUGAAUUCGUGCAGAUGCGGCCGUAUGAGGAGAAAACAACAAGCUUCAGCUUUGCUUCUUUGACGGAAACUUGAAGAAUCAGUUCAUCAAUCCAAUCCAAGAUAAUAAAAAAACGGAACCCAAAUUACGAACAAGACAAGGGUUGAAAUCUUAUACGAACAAUUUUCGUUAAAUCCGUGCUUUGUGGGCACCCAAUUAACGCAAAUUUCUGGAUUUGGAUCUGAUUUUGUUUACAAAUUUCAUACAAGACAGAGAAUAAAAAGGGCGAGGGGAAGUAAAUUUGGAAGGCGAUGAGUUGUUUUCUUGAUUGGAUUGGAAUCGCAGUUUGUGGGAAAGACUGUGAUAUAAACCUUUCCCUUUUCUUGUUGGGUUUAAUGUGUUUUGAAUCUUUUGAUAUGUUUGACUUCCGGUUUCGAGAUGUGGGAAUGUUUUUAUCUGACACCCAUUUAUUUAACAGAAAGGAACUAAUUAUUUGAUUUAAUUUUUGGCAACUGUGUGAGCUUUUGAUUUUCUUGUUUAUUGCGUGGAAUGUGGAUAGGGAGAAAGGUAAGAAUAUUUCUUAUUUCUAAUUUUUUUUUCAUCGAUUUUUUAUUGAUGUGAAUUUUAAGGCCCUAGGGUUCACUUUUCGGGCUCCAGUCUUCUAUCGCUGCCCAAAUUUCUUCCCCUUUCGUAUGAUUUUUAGGAGUUACGGACUCUGUCUUGUCUUGUUCGUCGAUUUUUCUUCAUCUCAUCGUUCUGGGUGUUCAAAUUUCCUUGAUUUUUCCAUUCGCUUGGUGGGUUCUCCGGUUUCUGUUGUCUGAAGCGCUGAAUUUCCUCUCGCUCCUUCUGCUGGUGACUGUACAUGUUGGUCAUAGUUGGAGAUUUUUAACGGAUAGGGUUUGAGUUCUUAAUAAGUCCUGCAUUCAGUUUUGCAGAAAUUUUGUGCUGAACUGGGUGAUUUUUAGGGUUUAAUUGUUGGUCCGGUAAGAAUUAAAGGGUCCGGACGGCUGUGAUUUUGAUCUUAAAGCCCGUCCCCCUGAGGGGCUUUAGGAUGAUGGCAUUGUUUCAACCUCAGAAUGAAAAUUCAGGUUCUUUACUUCUAUGUCAUGGGAUAUGGGUAUUGGUCUCUCAGAUUUUUAACUGAUGUCAGGGCAUUGGGGCUCUGUUUUAGCGAAUGUUUGUGUUCUAAUGGUUCCAAAAGCAAGUUGAAAGAUCUCAUUGCUUGAGGAAGUCCGCUUAAUGCAAUUUUCCCCCGGAUCUUCUUGUAAACGAUGCUUCAUUCCGUAGUAGCUGCUAGACAGACUUGUAGCCUACUUGCUGUCACCUGCGGAAGUGUACCUAAAAUAAAAUGUGAGGAGGAAGUUGAUGAGGAUAAGUUGAGAUAUCCGUUUCCAGAAUUAGUUUCUUCCGGACGAUUGGAGGUUCGAGUUUUGGCAAAUCCAAGCAAGGAUGAAUUCAGUAGAAUUGUGGAAUCAUAUCUACCGAGCUUCGUCUACUUGCAAGGGGAACAACUUGGAAAUGAUGAAAUUGGGUCUUUGGUUUGGAAUGGUGUUGAUUUAUCUCUUGAAGAUUUAUGUGGACUAUUCAAUACUACACUACCAACCAUUGUGUAUUUAGAAAUUCCAAAUGGAGGCAGAAUAGCGGAGGCUCUUCAUUCUAAGGGAAUUCCUUACCUCAUGUAUUGGAACAGUACAUUUUCAUGUUAUGCUGCAGCUCAUUUUCGUAAUGCAUUGCUUUCAGUGGUGCAGAGUUCAUCUACUCAUACAUGGGAUGCUUUUCAGCUUGCACGUGCUGCUUUUAAGCUUUAUUGUGUGGGGAGCAAUUACGGUCUGCCUGGGAUUGCUGAUGACAGUAUUAUGAGUGAUCUAGAGCCACAGCUUAUUGGGGAACCCCUAAAGAUUAAUGUAGAACCCCCCGAGGUAGAUGCAGGUGAAGGUGAAGAUGGAGAUGGUUCUUUAGAAACCCUCCCAGCCAUAAGUAUUCAUGAUAACAAUGUGACCGUGAGAUUUCUUAUCUGUGGAGUGCCUUGCACACCGGAUGCCUGCUUAUUGAGAUCAUUGGAGGAUGGUCUUAAUGCGCUUUUGAACAUUGAAAUACGUGGGAGUAAACUUCAGGGAAAGUUCAGUGCUCCUCCACCACCUCUUCAAGCAGGAUCCUUUUCUCGUGGGGUUGUGACAAUGCGAUGUGAUAUAGUGACUUGUAGUUCAGCCCACAUCUCAAUAUUGGUGUCUGGUAGUGCUCAUACUUGUUUUGAUGAUCAGCUCUUGGAGAAACAUAUCAAACAUGAGAUUAUAGAAAACAACCAAUUAGUUCAUGCUAUGCAUGAUUGUGAAGGCAACAAACAUCACAUGCACGAGCCUCGAAAAUCUGCUUCAGUUGCCUGUGGGGCAACAGUAUUUGAGGUUUCCAUGAAGGUUCCUGCUUGGGCAUCACAGGUCUUGAGGCAACUUGCGCCUGACAUGUCGUACCGGAGUUUAGUUGCACUCGGCAUUGGGGGAGUUCAGGGUUUACCUGUUGCUUCUUUUGAGAAAGAGGAUGCCGAGCGACUGCUCUUCUUUUGUUCAGGGGAUGAGAAUGAUAAACAUUCAGAGCAGUUGCUUGUGAGCGUAUUACCCAGCUGGUUUAAGCCACCUACUCCUAGUAGAAAGAGAGUAGAACCAAGCCAAGGAAUAAGGAGCACUCUUUCACACGACAGUCUUGCAUAUGCAAACAUCCCUUCCAUUAGAAGAGUAGCUAGAGAGGAGCCUGCACCAAUGAAUGGGUUCAAGGCACCCUUACUGCCAACGAGGAAAAGAUUAAAAGUAGCCUCCAUGAGGCCUGUUCCACGUGUGCAUAGGAAUAAAAUAACGCCUUUCUCUGGAUUGGCUGAAGUAGAUUGGAACAACGGAAGCCUAUCCAAGGCUAGUUUACCUGUUGUUACCCCGUCAAAGCAUGUUACUGUAGGAUCAACUUCUGCAACACACAGGAAAUCUUUUUCAAGCUCAUCUCAGUCUAAGCAGAUUAUUUCCUUGAACCCACUGCCUCUAAAGAAGCAUGGUUGUGGAAGAAACCCAAUUCAAGAUUGCUCAGAGGAGGAGUUUUUGAAGGAUGUUAUGGAGUUUUUACUACUUAGAGGACAUUCACGACUUAUUCCUCAAGGUGGACUUGAGGAGUUUCCAGAUGCCAUACUCAACGGGAAGCGUCUUGACCUCUAUAACUUGUAUAAGGAGGUGGUCACCCGAGGAGGCUUUCAUGUCGGCAAUGGUAUCAACUGGAAGGGGCAGAUAUUCUCUAAGAUGCACAAUUACACAAUGACCAAUAGAAUGACUGGUGUUGGAAAUACAUUGAAAAGACAUUAUGAGACUUACCUUCUAGAAUAUGAAUUGGCUCAUGAUGAUGUAGAUGGAGAAUGCUGCCUUUUGUGCCACAGUAGUGCAGCAGGGGAUUGGGUGAACUGUGGCAUUUGUGGUGAAUGGGCCCAUUUCGGGUGCGAUCGAAGGCAGGGUCUAGGAGCAUUUAAGGAUUAUGCCAAAACAGAUGGGCUAGAGUAUGUUUGUCCACAUUGUAGCAUUACAACUUACAAGAAGAAACCACACAGAGUAGCAAAUGGGUCUCCACAAGGAAUAACGAAUCCACGGAUACCUUGAUUCAGUUUUUGGCCUCCCUAUCUUGAGGUUUCGGCUGCGUUGUUUUUCUUUUUUCUUUUUGCCUAUUCUUAUCCUACACGAGAAAUUAUUCAUUCCAUCGGCUCGUAGAUGAGUUUUGUUUGAGGUGGUGUGCUGCUAAACCAACCAUUAGCUGAAGAUUGAAUUUAUGAGACUGAGGAUGAAAACUCUGAAGUGAAGAAGAGAACUAAAGAGACUAGAGCACACAAAGAGGACUUCAUCAUAGGUUCUUUUUUGACCUCUUGUUUGUCUAGGUAAUAGUUUAGGAGUAAAGUUAGAAGCAGCAUGGCAGUUAACUUUAGUAGGGUGCUGUAAAAUACUUCUAUUCUUGUAGCUAAGCCAUGACUGAUGUAUUUUAAUGGAAGAUAUCUAAUUUACAAUUUUUUGUAUAUGAUUGAUCCAAGAAAAGUAGAUCAAUUAUCACUACUUCACAUGCAUUUCAAAACUUUACAAGUGAUCAAA